UAACGCUCUGUACAGUAGCCAUUGAAAUAAUCGUUUUUCGUUAGAGCGUAAACCGGUGCUUAAAUAAUUGAUAGCUUUACUGGUUAUUAAUGCCAGAAAACGUGGAAAAUCGUCCGUUGUCAGACUUAAGGGUAGUGGAUUUGCGGGGCGAAUUGGAAAAACGGGGUUUGGAUAAAACUGGUAGUAAGCAAGUGCUGAUUGACAGACUCCAGAAGGUAAUGAAAGAGGAGACAGAGAAAUCCAAUUCGGAAGACGACAAGAAGAUUGUUAAACAAGCUCCUGAUUCAUCCGAAGAUACUGUAACGAACGAAAAAGAGAAGAUAGAGGCUUCGCUCAAAGAGCAACCAAAGGAAGGUUUACAGACAAAUUUAAAAGCAGCAGAGUCCACUUCAGAAUCUUCUAGUUUUAUUCAACUGACUUUAGAAGAAGGAGAAAGUUUUCAAGACGAGGAGGUUGAGCAGUCGGAUUCCGUCCUCAAAUCUGACAUCACCAUGAGUAAAAAGAUCGAAGGUGAGAGCCCCGCCGUAUCGAAGGACCAAUUGAAGGCAAAAGUGGUACCGCCUGAAACCAAGAAGGAGGACGCGAAACGACCAAUCGGAGUUAGGUCUAAAACUCAAGAGAGUCGAAAUCUCUGGAUUACCAAUAUAACUAAAACGACUCGCGCGGCCGAACUGAAGCAGUUACUGUCCGCGCACGGAAAGGUACUAGGCGCCAAGGUUGUUAUCAAUGCGAAACAUCCCGGAGCCCAUUGUUACGGAUAUGUUACAAUGGCAUCUGUUAAAGAUGCAGAUAACUGUAUUGCGAACUUGAAUAAUUCCGAAUUGAAUGGGAUAGUUAUUAAAAUUGAAAAGGAACGCCCUGAUUCAAGCUUUGAAAAGUUCAAGAGCAAAGCGCUCAAUGUGAAAAGUAAAACGCUCGAAAAAAAUGGCAAAAAAUGUGAGAAUAAAGAGAGCGAACCCAAUACAGAGGAUCUUAAAAGCGAGGAACCAAAAACCCAGGCGGAGGACCCCGCGGAAAAACAACCCGAUUCGACAAACAGGAAAUCACGGAGCCGUGAUUUAUCUCGUCAUGGCUCCAUCUCGAGCACAACAAAGAAAGAUAGUUUAUUAACUUACGAACAAAUUAAGGAAAAACAAGAAAGGCAGAGAUAUCACAAAAGAUUAUUGCAAGAGGAAAAUCGGCGACGUCGUGAGGAAGCCGCACGCCGUAGGGAAUUUGAAAAAAUUGAGCACGCUAAGAUUGCUCGUUUAGAACGUGAACGAGAAAAGUUACACGACGAAAAGGAAAAGUUGCGUUCCGAUAAGGAAAAACUUCGAUAUGAAAAGGAAAAGCUGGACCGGGAAAAGGAUCGUAUCAUUAAAUUAGAACGGGAGAUUAAUUUGGAAAAGUUAGAGUUAGAAAGAGAGAAGGCUCGCUUUCAGGAAGAACGGAGGGCUUUAAAACGAUCUGCCGAAUUUAGACGUAGCGACUCAUUUGAGGACAGGAAACGAGUAACUACUGAGAGACAUUUUGAGGAUGGAUCUACUCAAAUACGUUUUGAGCCCCAUGGCCGAUACAACGAACAUGAGCAUGAGCACGGUCAUGAACAUAGCGGCGGAUUUACUCAAGUACGUGAAGAACGACCCCGUCGUCCCAUGCCAGAAAUCAGGGAUGAUCCGCGUACCGCAGCACGCGCGAUGAACGCUUCACAAGAUGCUCAGCGGUUCGAGAGAAGUGCAGCAGCGAGUAAUAAUUGGCAACAUGUAAAAGUUAUUCCUGUCAGAAAUUUUGCCUCCGAUACGUGGAGGGCCAAUACACCGCACAGGUGGACAGCAGGAAGUAUGCAUGCGACUUCAACGCCGUCCGCACCUGGAUUCCAAGGCAGUUCGGCGGGAAAUGUAGGUCCAUCCUGUCCUCCCCCGCCCGUCAUCAAUAACUACGGUGCUAGAUUUGAGUAUAAACCGACGACUACUAUGCGGAAGUACUAAACGUAUUAGUUUGAUAAAGCAUGGGCUGUGUGAAAUCUGAAAGUUUUUACACCUAAGUACAUAUUUGUAAUGUAUUGUGGAUUUAUGUGCACUUCAUGCAUUUUACUGUAAUAUGUGUUUAUAAUAUUGUUAAGUCAUUUACUUUUUUUUAUAAAUCUGUAUUUCCCUAUUUUUUUAGUU